CUCUCUUUCUCUUCUUUCGUACAAAGUUCCGCGGUCACGUGUCAAGAACAAGAGGCACGUGUCGUUUUACAAGCGUAUAAGACACGCGAUUAACACACGAGGUCGCGCUCGUUAUCGGCUCGCCGUCGUCGCUAUCGCCGUCGUUAUCGCGCUCGAGGAGAGUCGCGUCGAGGCAGGAAGCGUCGCCGCUGACACGCGCGCGCGGGGAACACACACGGAGUGGAGAAGUCGACGUCGCCGACGCUCGCUCGCUCGCUCGCUCGCUCGGCCGGCGACGACAGGACAGACCAGGCCAGGACAGGACAAGACGGGCGGAAUCGAUGCCGCGAGUCGGGAGCGCGAGGGCCGAGCAGUCAACACGCGACAGCAUCGUCCGGAGUCCUGCGACGCGCCGUCGUGCCUGAGCGACGACGCUGCUGUGCGGUGCCAGCCCCGCGAGGACGAGGACGCGUUUCCUGGAGCGCCGCGCGACAGCCGGGACCAUCUUGGUUCCUUUUGCAACAGGGCGGGAAGAGGCGGUGACCGACGGAGCUCUACUGACGCAAGUUGGAGAAUCGUUCGACCUUAGUGACCUGGGUAUGGUCUUAGCAACGACGGCGGGGCGAUGACGCUCAACCACCGUCCGCCGUCAUCAGCAGGAGUCCCUCAGGACUCACCCAGCUUCCCGGCCCCGGUCCCAAUCCCGAUCCCGAUCCCGAUCCCGAAGCCAAUCUCGGACAAUAGCCGCUGCUCGAGGCGGAACGUCGUAAAAACGCGAGCGAGUGUUACAGCCGGCAGGAGGUAUGAGAGAUCGCUCUCAUCAUUACCGAGAUCAUCACGGACACGCCAUGCCCCUCGAGGAGGUUCAAGGGUUGUUACUUCCACCCUCCAGAACAGGUAACCGGGGACCUCUGAAUGUGACGAUUGUACAGGUCGGCCGAGGAAAUGGAGGCGGUGAGGAUGGCGGAAGUGAUUUACUGAGAUUGGAGCCGCCGUCGGAUUUAAGACCGGCACCGUCACCCCUAUCUGACACCAGUGCUACCUUGCAGUCUGACAACAAUGACACCCUAGCCGGAGGUGUCGAUCCAAGAUUGUUGCUGGGGACCGGUGGCGACCGCAGCACUUGGGAAGGACGUUACCACGUGAAGGAACACCGGCGUGCUGGAAAAGCUACCUUCCAGGGUCAAGUUUACAAUUUCCUGGAGCGUCCCACCGGCUGGAAGUGCUUCCUAUAUCACUUCUCUGUGUAA